CAAAUGUUCAUACUGGGUAGUUUAUUUAGUUUUUUUUUUUUAAAUGAUCCAACGAUUUACAGACGUCUCUUUCCCAAUGUAAGUCAAUGGGAAAAAGUAUUUCCGGGCCCAGCGACUGAUACAGAAGUGUAGUACCGCCAUUUGGCCACAACGAAUAUUUUCCUCAGAGUCCGGCGCACUUCCUUGGUGCUUGCUUCCAACAGCUGAAUUCUCUCCUGACAAACAGCGGAUUUAGCAGUAAGCCACGAUCAUGAGGCUGGUGAUUCUGGAGGACUAUGACCUGGCCAGUGAGUGGGCGGCCAAAUACAUCCGCAACAGAAUCAUCCAGUUCAAACCCUCGGCAGAGAGGUACUUCACCCUGGGCCUACCUACAGGGAGCACUCCCUAUGGCUGUUACCAGAAGUUGAUAGAAUACUACAGAAGUGGAGAUAUUUCAUUCAAAUAUGUGAAGACCUUCAACAUGGAUGAAUAUGUAGGCCUGCCUCGGGCUCAUCCAGAGAGCUAUCACUCUUAUAUGUGGAACAACUUCUUCAAGCACAUCGACAUCGAUCCCGCCCACGCUCACGUCCUGGACGGGAACGUGGAGGACCUGGAGGCUGAGUGCCAGGCGUACGAGCAGAAGAUCAGCGAGGCGGGGGGCAUCGAGCUGUUCGUAGGAGGUAUCGGCCCUGACGGCCACAUAGCGUUCAACGAGCCGGGCUCCAGCCUGGUUUCCAGGACCAGAGUGAAAACGCUGGCCAAGGACACCAUUGUAGCCAACGCCCGUUUCUUUGGCAACGACCUCUCCAAGGUCCCCACCAUGGCUCUGACGGUCGGCGUUGGAACUGUCAUGGGCGCCAAAGAGGUGAUGAUUCUGAUCACAGGAGCACACAAAGCCUUCGCUCUGUACAAAGCCAUAGAGGAGGGGGUGAACCACAUGUGGACCGUGUCAGCGUUCCAGCAGCACCCCCGCACCAACUUCGUCUGUGACGAGGACGCCACCCUGGAGCUGCGAGUGAAAACCGUGAAGUACUUCAAAGGUUUGAUGCAUGUCCAUAAUAAGCUGGUGGACCCAGUGCUCAGCAUAAAGGACCAGUGAAGGACAGACGCUGGAAUCAGCUUGUUCCUCUGCUGCUGUUCAGUUCCUGAGGAGGUGUUAAGCAGUGUCUCAGUGUCCUCCUGUUUGCACACGCUCACACCUGAACUGCUCCUGGAAGAUGUCUCAGAGUUAAUGACAGCUACAUGAUGUAAGGAGACAUUCUUAGUUCAGAACGUUCCAUUUAAAGGGAUAGCACCCUGCUGGUGGUCUUCAACUUCGCUCAAGUGUGAGAACUUUAAAAUAAUGACAGAUAACCUUCAUUUUGUUAAAUGUUUGAAAUGAACCCACACUAUCUCUGUUCUCCAGGAAAAGGGUUAUUUUGUAUUAUUAUUAAAUAUAGACUUUUGUUUACUUAAUUCGUUACACACCCAAUCCAUGAUUGGACAGAGGAAACAAAUACUCUGUGAAUAUCGGUAAUAUCUAAUCAGAAAUUAUAGCACUUACAAAGUGACCUUAGUCUCUGGUCAAACAGAGAUUUUGAAUGUCUGGAUCCAAGGGAUGUGAAGUGUGCUCUCCUUUCUCUAGAGCCCACCACGGUUGAGUGUUACAGAAGAACACAAACAUGAGGAUUAUUUUUUCUUUUUGCACGUAGGCUGAGCAGCUCCACUGAAGCAGUGUACUGUCGUUUUGGAGAAGUACAAUAUAUCGUUUUACAGUGCUUUUCUUCCCCCAGCUGACUUUCAAAUCACUGUUACAGCUCCUUCAACGGUGUCUGGAUUGCAUUUUUUUAACACUAUGCUCGUGCAGUCAGUAUCCUGCAGACUUUACUUUAAGUGUGAAGGGGAGAUAAGUUUCUAUCUUUAGUGUUUACUUUCUGUUCUUGGUGUCACUCUGUCUGUUCAUCAGGCUUCUUCUUUGUGUUUGUGCACAAUCUCUAUAGUUUUUAACACUUUAUUUUGUAAAGACAAAACAUUGAGUGUCUUGCUUUGUACUUUGAGUUGAAAUAAAGUUUAAGUGGAAAA